GAGUUUAUAUAUAGAGAAGGAUAGAAUUUGAUUGGCUGUCUCUGAAGAAAGUGCACGGAACUUCCUGGUGAUCAAAAGAUGCUAUUCUUGCUUUCUAACACAGAAAUAGAAAGGUGAGGAAGACGCAGAUUCAAUUCUGGAAAGCCUCCUCUUAUAUAGUGCGAGCUCUUGAAAAUUCAACUCGAGAACAGGAUUCUGCACCAGAGCAGAGUUCUCCUCCAGAACAGUGCUUUCCUCCACAACAGCAACAAAUCAAUUCUGAUCCCUUUCUUCAGAUUAUGAGGGGAGCUUCUGGAUGGAUUUUCAGACCAACUUUCAAACCUUUGCGUGGGUGACCAUAACAUUUUAAAGACAUGGAUGGAAAUACAUCUGGGGUAAACGGAAAUAAUGUUGACUGGGAUACUGAAGAUGAGCUUGACGAGAUUGAAAAUUUCACUUUAUCUUCUUCUUCUGCUAAUCUGGGCUCUGGGGAGGGGAGCUCAUCUCCAGGACCUUCCAAUACCAAAGUUUUUGGUCAUUUUGUUAGCAUGGGAUUUUCUCAAAAAAUGGUUGCCAAAGCUAUUCAGGAACAUGGUGAGGAAGACGCCGAUUCAAUUCUGGAAAGUCUCCUCUUAUAUAGUAUGCCAUCCUUUUUGCUGAUGAGCAGAACUGUUGUGAGGACUUGGUGGGAGCAAACCAACCAAAAAGGGAAACUUGUAUCACCUCGCUGAUGUGCAAGAGUUGAAUGCCAACCGGUUGGAGCAUUACAUCAAUACAUUUGGUGGGUUUGAUCUCGUGGUUGGUGGGAGCCCGUGCAACAAUCUUGCCGGUAGCAACAGACAUCAUAGGGAUGGGCUUGAGGGAAAAGAAUCUUCUCUAUUUUAUCAUUUUAUGAUUAUUUCCGUAUAUUAUACUUAGUGAAGGGUCUUAUGGCAAGAUAUAACUGACCAAUGUAUCAUUUGAGAUCCAGAUACUUGAUACUCUAGUUUGCUUCUGCUCCUAAUUUUAGAUGAAUGAACAUUUGAUGCCUUUGAUAUUUAACUGCUGACCGCAUUUGAUCA